AUGGGGAGUAGUCCAACGCAGAUGAAACAAGACGUGGUCACUGAGAGCGAUCCGUUCAGUAUGAAGAGAAAGCAGCAGAAUGGUAACAUCGUCCCCCCGAGUGGAAGAAGUCAAAAGGGAAUAAGCCACAGAGUUAGCACAGUAAGAGUGACCUCCAAGUGCGCUCUGGGCAAUGAGGAACAAAAAAGUGGGUACAUCCCCUCGACAGGGGAUCAUAUUCCUCCGGAUAGUGUCAAAUGUGAAAAGGAAGUCAGUUUCGCGGAGUGGACCUUUUACAAAGAGCAAAGGUGGUAUGCGCAUGGAAGCGUCUCCACGAACACAUACUUUGACCAGUGCAGCUUUGAUGAGAGCACCUUGCACCAAAAAAGCAAUGAAGGUUAUGUCUCCAUGGGCACUGCCCUGGAGAUGGAGGGGAAAAUGACUGACCUGCGUUACAGUCAAAAUAGCACUCUAAAGGAGGAUAAUAAAAUGUUCCUAUCAGAGCAUGAAAUUUUUUUUGCAAACGAUGAGUUAGAUGUGAAAGGGAAGAAUGAGUCUGGUCAGAAAGGUAAGGUAGUAGAUGGAGGAGGGGGAAAAAGGAGGGACGUUGUGUCUACUAACGAGGCACUAAAAAAGGGAAAAUACCCUUCUGGAGAUGUUACGACUAAUUCGAAGAGCAGCCACGAAGAUAAAACAAAUGUUCAUAGAAGGAAGAACCCAUUGGGGAUGUCUUCCAAAUGUGAAGUUGCUAACCCUGUAAAGUGCAACACAUCUGAUAGGGGAAAUAAUGCAAAAUUGCAAAGGGAAUCCACGCACGUAAUUUUAGAAGAAGCCCCUGUUACUGGAAAGAAAAGGACUUCCAAUUCGACUGGGAAGAAGGUAGCAGAUCACAAAAUGAGUAAUGCCUCGUCGUACGAUGAACGCAAGAGGGAAGAAAAUAUUACCACGUCGAAUUACACGUUGGAUAAUUGUACGCCUGUAGAUCAAAUGGACUGGAGAAAUGACACGCUCUGUCAUGAAAACAGUUUACAAAGUAGUCUGUCGAAGAGUGCCCAUAGUUCUAGUUUAGUGGAGUAUGUCACUUCUCAACAUAGUAGCCUCACUACUGAGUAUGGGCAGCAGUAUCAUGAGGACAGGCCUUACAGAAGCGAACGCACCACGGGUACUCGUCCUUGUGAUAAGCCCUCGUACUUAAGUAGCCAAGUGCAAGAUAGUCUUUACAAUUCGGUUGUGAGGAGCAUGGAGAGGGAAAUUAUAACCUUGGACGGGUUAGAGCAGAGGGGCGUAAGCGAGGCAAGUGGAAAGGUAGUGAAAGACGCAAGAGUGGAUGGUGUACAGCCUAAGGAGGGGAUACUUCCUCCAGUGGAAGCCCAGGGAGCGAAAGGCACCACAUCAGAAGAACACGCAGUGAAAAUAUUUUUCAAGGGAGACAGAAGGUUCUUCAAUUUCGAUCUCCCCGCUAACGAAAUAAUCGAGCGGAAGAGCUUCGAAUUAAUGGAAAUGAUCAGCGAGGGAAGUUUCGGCACCGUUUACAAAGCCCUGUGGAAGAACAAAAUCGUUGCUGUGAAAAAGUCUCACAUACACAUGUCCCUGGAGGGCAUGCGCUCCAUCGUGCGUGAGGUGAACACGUACCGCUCCGUUUCGCACGACAACAUUGUGAAGUAUUACGGAGUCUGCAUAGACGAAGGUUUCAUAGGGAUCGUCCUGGAGUAUUUCCCCAGAGGGAACGUCUUCGACAUGUUGUACAAUGGCACGCUGAUUGUGCCUUACGAGGUUCGCCUGCAGAUGGCUGUCCAGCUGGUGCAAGUGGUUAACUAUCUGCACUCGGUUAAGCGUUUGGUGCACCGGGAUUUGAAAACGAGUAACUUUUUGUUCGACGAGCAGUACAACCUAAAAAUAUGCGAUUUCGGAAAAACGAGGAAGUUAAACGAAGACGGGAAAAUUAUUUUAGAGGACAACGGAGGUUCCCCGAGAUACAUGGCCCCAGAGUGUUUCAUCGAAGAGAACUCCAUAAAUGAGAAGUCGGACAUCUGGGGCUUGGCGUGUUGCCUCAUUGAGAUUUUCGCCAACCAAAUUCCAUUUCAGCACAUAAAGCACAAGGAAGACGUUGUCGUAGAAAUUUUGGUCAAGAAACAGAAGCCAAACGUGCCUAACUGUUUCCACCCCCAAUUACACAAUCUAUUAGAGAGAAGUUUCUGCAUAGACCCAGAGGAAAGGCCCUCAUGCGAAGAGUACCUACAAUUGCUCCUCGAGUUUUAUUCAAAAAAUUCAGUGUGUUAA